AUGAGCUCAGACGGAAAAACGGAAGAUUCUACGGUUCCAGUGGUUCCUUCGAGACCCACAAAACGUUCAGAAGGCUUACAAGAGAAUAAGUUGCCUGUCAUACCCACUAGUCGACCCUUGAGAAAUCGCACUACAGGGUUUUUGAACGAAUUAGCCCCCAAAAUUCCUUCUACAAGACCAAUCAGACGACACACUGAGGAGUUUGAUGUGAAACUAGACGAUAACGGCGAAAAAGAGGAUGUGCAGCCUCCAAGCGAGACAGGACAAAAUGCGGUCAUCGAAGAGAUGUCCAGGAAGGUUUCUCAAGACUUUCCAAGGAAUGAAGAUCAACCCGAUGAUACCAUCAAUGAGUCGAAUGAAACUAUCGGAUCAAAAAGUGAGAAAACUCCGCUCCCCUCUCAAAUAGAGCUGAGCAAAACUAACUCAAGUGGGCUUGAAGUAGAUAACGAGACGAUUCCAGCUGUUGAUGAAGUUUCAACAUCAAUUGGCGAAUCAAAGCCAGCCGAUAAUCAUUUCACUCCAGAAUUUGAAGGGAAGGUAUGGACCAAUGUUACCACUCCCACAAUUUCCUCAAAUUCCGUGAAUGUGGAGGCAGACACUCAGCGAAGUGAAAAUCCAAAGAGCCCUAAAAAUAAUGUAGCCUCAAGCCCUGGCGAAGAAGCUAUGAAGGACACUUCCGCUAAAGUUGGCGCUCCAAUUGAGAAGACGGACCGAAACGUCUCAAAAGAGCCUAUACCUUUCCACCUUGGAAAGACUGAAACGACAACUCUAAUAGAGGAUGAGGCAGUAAUCAGCGGUAAAGAGCACCUAAAAGAGAUUUCAAAAACUCCCGAUUUAAGCCCCGAGGUGCUCAACGGAGAAGAACCUCUUUCUGUGGCAGCUCAACCCACAAUAGGUUCAAGUGACAUCGUUUCUUCUUCACCGCCAAAAGAGCAGCCAAUCUUAACUCCGAAAAUACCAGAGAGACCUGCUAAGAGAGCUCCGCCAAAGAAGCCAUCUUCAAAGAUCGCGGCUUUCCAGGAAAUGCUCAAGCAGCAACAGUUACAGGAUCAAACGAAAUCGAGAGGUGGUGAAGGGAAUGGGCAGCCUUUGCAUGAUCGGAGAGCGAAAGUUGCAUCUAAUCUGAAUGGAAUUUUUGGCCUUCCAAACAUGGGCGGUGGGCUCGUUCCCAUUCCACAAUCCGUUGCACCACAGAAAGAAAAUGAGAUUAGCAAAGCGCCUGUUACCAGUAGUUCAAGUAGUACAGAAAAAAGAGUGGAACCAACCGCACAACGAAGAGCAAAAGGCCCGAGAGGUCGAAAGCUUCCAACACACCUAGCGGGGGUGGAAAAAGUCGAAAGUAAAGGAAGCCCCUAUGAGAUCCAAGUGGUCAAAGCUUGGUCCUUGAGCUUUCAAGCUAAGGUUACAGAGCCCAUUCAGGUUCCAAUCGCCGAGAACACUCGUGAAGGAGGGCCGGAAGACGGAGAAGUGCCAGAUACACCAGCCUCGGGCUUGAAGGCGGCGGUUAUAGGUCAAAAAGUCUGUAUACCGGAUGAAAUUUCAGCAGUCGCUAAAAUAGAUGCGGAAAGUAGCGACGAUAAACCAAACAUAGAGGACGGCUCCCUGAGCUCAAAAGGUGAUGACGUCGAUGCAACUUAUGAUAUAGUCAAUGAUUUGCUCGAGGAUGAUGAGCAAAGAUCUUCCAUUAGCGGCGGAGAGGAUACUCAAACACUAAACCGCAACAUUGAGCAGAGAAAAAGCGAAACCAGGAUCGGAGAAAACCUCAAUGACCUGCUAGAGUAA